UUAAAAAAAAGGGUUAACACAGAAGCAGCAGGAAUGUGAGUGGGAGAUCUGAGUUCAAACGCUGCGUGACUUGAAAAUUGCGGGGGUGUUAUUUAAUAACUGGAAAGUCCGCCACUGUGUUUAUUUAUUUUUUACAUAUUGGGGUGAAAAUCUCAGCAAGGGAACAGUAACGUCAAACGGGAAUCCGCAGUCAAGAGCGAUCAGGAGUCAAAAAAAGAGAAACCGACCGUCAAGACCUCGCCACUGCAGCAGACAGCUAAACAGAAUUGCAGGCGGAAGUUGAGUGUUUGGUUUUCCAGUCUGCUAGAAGAAACACAUUACCUAACAGGCCGACAGAAUCUCAAAUUCUUCUUUCAUUGUUGAAAAUAAUAAUAAUAAUAAUAAUAAUAAUAAUAAUAAUAAUAAUAAUAAUAAUACAAUAUCAAAGACCCUGUCUCUGGAAAACAAACGCAGUUGCAAAUUGCCUGGAUGGGAAAAUCGAAUUCAUUUGUUUGGAAGAUUAUCCAUAGACUUUCCCGGUUGUCUCUUUUUCGUUUUGGAUCAUAGAAGUUGGGCCAGUUUGUUUCAUCCUGGCUUCAUCGAAUUUGCUUCAUUACUUUAUCGCACGGGGUUUCUCUGAACAGCUUUUCUACUCGACUACGCAGUGAACAGACUGGUCUGAUUCGAUCUGCUUCCUACAAGUACUCCGAUCUAGGUUAAUUCUACCUCGGGUCUUAAGAGCAUUGCUAUGUUGUGUUUUUACAGUUUCGAAUUUACAGUUUUGUGACAAUUAAAUCACACGCUUAUAGAGAGAAAACCAAGAGCCGUCGUAUUUUGUCAGUGAACCUUAUGCGUGUUAUUUUGGUACACUUCUUUAUUUUGAAUGUGUUUUCGGCGUCUCCAAUUCAAUACGUAGGUGUCAACCCUGCAUAAUAACGUUACAAAAACGGAAUUGUACAUCAUUUUGGCUUCAAGUCUUUGAAAAACGCGGUCUUGAUAAGGAGGGUCGAAUAAGCUGCUUUCUCUACUGUACGUGGGUUGUGCAUUUUAUCAAAUUAAGUAUUUUAAAUGAUUAUUUUCGGUGUAUCUUCACUAGAAUUGUUUUUUUUUCUUAUCAGUUAAACGGUAGUGUUUUUUUUGUUUGUUUUAAUAUUGAUUUAACCAUUUAAACAAAAAAUAUGGGGUUGGAUAUAUGCUCUAGGCAUACAAAUAACAACUACCUGGUAAUAGUAUUUGUAACGUAUAUUUUUUUCUUACACUGACAGCUGUUAAAGGGCCAUUGUUAUAGGUUGCAUUACGUUGACAUGAUUUAGAGUUAUUUACGCAUUUAUAUUAUUAGCCCUUGUCCUCUCACUGUACACUACUUGUCGCCAUGGCAUGAACAGAAGAAGCUUUUAACAUUGCUAAGUGGUAGUGUAAACUAUCCCCAGCAUUUUACAAUUAAAGCACAUAAGUUUAUCGGCGCAGAAAGAAUUAAUAAUUAUGGCAGAUCGCAGUCGGAUCCGGUAUGGCAACAGUGCAGACAGUCCAACUGCAAGCCCCGGGUCUGGGCGGAAGCAUCAAACCCCGAGUUCCAGAACCAAGUAUCAAAUCAGCGCCCCAGGACACAAUUUUAGGAAAGUGACUUUAACCAAACCAACGUACUGUCACCACUGCACCGAUUUCAUCUGGGGACUGGCUGGGUUUCUGUGUGAAGUGUGUAACUUCAUGUCCCACGAGAGGUGCCUGAAGCAUGUGAAGACUGUGUGCUCUUGUAUGGCUUCGACUUUAGUGCGGGUCCCAGUUUCCCAUUGUUUCAGUCCUCUUGGCCAUAAGAAGAAAUUCUGUUCAGUUUGUAGAAAGCAACUGGAGGAGAGCUCCGCCUUGCGUUGUGAAGUGUGUGAGUUGCAUGUCCAUGUCGACUGCUCUCCUUUUAGCUGUAGUGACUGUCGACAGUGUCACCAUGAUGGCCACCAAGAUCAUGACAUCUGUCACCACCACUGGAGGGAGGGCAAUCUCUCCUCUAGUGCGCGCUGUGAAGUGUGCAAGAGGACCUGUGGCUCCUCUGAAGUGCUGUCUGGGAUGAGGUGUGAAUGGUGCGGAAUCACAGCACAUGCAACCUGUUAUAUCAUUCUUCUUCCAGAAUGUAAGUUUGGAAGACUGAAGAAAAUGAUUCUUCCCCCAAACUGUGUGCGGGUCACCGCACAAAACUUCAGCAAAAUGCUCUGUUUCCGGAUCUCUGAAAGCUCUCAAAAAGAACCAGAUGACCGUGAUUAUGUUGAUUGCUCAGUUACAGGGAACUUGAAAGAAACACAAUCCACCUCCUCACCAGAAUCAAGCAAACAGACCCUAAAGAUAUUUGAUGGCAAUGAUGCAGUGAAGCGCAACCAGUUUCGCACCAUAUCAGUUCCACGGAUAGUGAAAAACGAACAAGUUGUGGAAGCAGCGCUGAGAAUUUACUACAUUCCAAAUGAGCCUCAAGACUAUGAGCUCCAGGUAUACUGCCAACAGGUCCUGGUUAACGAGGAUAUCACCAACUGCAAUGGGGCCACGGAAAACCCCAAGUCGCAGUCCGUGUUUAAGGAGUCUGUGCCUGAGGCCUGGGUGCUCCGAGCCAAGCCAAAGGAGAGCGAAGUCCUCAAUAUAUAUGCUGGAUGGUUAAAACUGGGAGUGGCAUACAUCACUAUCUUGAUCACCAAGAAAAGCACUGUCGAGUCUGUCAUUAAAGAAGUUCUUCAGCAGCUAGGAAAAUCGGAUGAAGACCCAGAGGGUUUAAGAAUUGUGGAAGUGCACAUGGGGAGCACUCAAGUUCAACGUCAAGUGCUGACAAACCAGGAACUUUUACUGGAGAAACUUCAGGACAUCAGAAAGAACUCUAUUCGACAAAUGAACCAGACCCGGUUCUACAUUGUGGAGAACAGGAACUCCGUGGUGCAGGUGAACCUGUUGGUGAGCGGACUACCAGUACAGCUGAGUGAAAAAGAAUACACUGAACUUCUUCAAGAACACCUCGCCAUUAAAAUUCAUCUAGUUUCUGUCAGUCAUGUUUACACAUGGCAAGGGGCUGUGGUACUGGAAAUAUCUUGCUUUUCUGAAGCCGAAAGAAUAUAUAUGCUAGCAAAAGAUACUAUAAUCAACGGCAAACAGAUAUCUGCAGUUAUCAUUCCUGAAAUAAUGCAUAAGAAGCUGCCACAGGAAUGCUGUCCUGUUCUUCUGUUUGUAAAUCCCAAGAGUGGAGGACUGAAAGGGAGAGAUCUCCUUUACAGUUUCCGGAAACUUCUAAAUCCUCACCAAGUCUUUGAACUGACCAGUGCAGGGCCCCUACCAGGUCUGCAUACUUUCCGUCAGGUGCCGCAUUUCCGGAUCCUGGUGUGUGGAGGUGAUGGCACAGUUGGCUGGGUCCUGGGUGUACUGGAAGAGAUCCGACACAAACUAGCCUGUUCAGAACCAGCCAUUGGGAUAGUGCCUCUCGGAACAGUUUUUUUUCUCACAAUGUGUUCAGGUAAUGACUUGGCCAGGGUGCUGCGCUGGGGUGCAGGCUACAGUGGAGAGGACCCCCACUCUGUGCUCAUGUCCUUUAAUGAAGCAGAAGAGGUGCUGAUGGACCGCUGGACUAUCUUGCUGGACGCCCAAGAGGUUGUUGAUGAAGACAAGGAGAAUGGCAUCACAGAGCCAGAGCCACCAAAGAUCGUACACAUGAACAAUUACUGUGGACUGGGAAUUGAUGCAGAGCUGAGUCUUGGUUUUCACCAUGCCAGGGAGGAGGAGCCUGGCAAAUUUAACAGCAGGUUUCACAACAAAGGGGUGUAUGUUAAAGUGGGGCUGCAGAAGAUCAGCCACACCAGAAAUCUGCACAAACACCUGCAGCUGCAGGUGGACCAGCAUGAGGUGGAGCUGCCCAGUAUUGAAGGGCUCAUCUUCCUCAACAUUCCCAGCUGGGGAUCUGGAGCUGACCUGUGGGGGUCCGACAGCGACGCCCGAUACUGGAAGCCAGGGCUUGAUGACGGCUUACUGGAGGUGGUGGGAGUCACUGGUGUGGUGCACAUGGGCCAAGUCCAGGGUGGUUUACGGUCUGGAAUCCGGAUUGCUCAGGGGGCCUACGUGCGUGUCACAAUUACAAAGCCUAUUCCUGUCCAGGUUGAUGGAGAGCCUUGGAUUCAACCACCGGGGGAAAUUAUAAUCUCUGCAGCAGGACCUAAGGUUCACAUGCUAAGGAAGUCCAAAGUGAAGCAGAAGAAGCAGUCAGGGAGUUUGAAUGAAUCGAGAACGGACAGCCUAACACUUUCCGAAGGAGUAAAAUGAAAACUUGCAGAGUCUCUCAACUGAUUGUUAUUACUGACUGUGGAGAGUGCAGCAGAAGGACAGGUGACUUCUAAGCUCAAAUGGAUUACUGUAGGUCAUUCCAACCAUCUCUCAUUAUUUUAUAAAUCUUUAUUUUAUUGGUCAUCCCUUCAAUACAAAAUACCAGUAUUGUCCAGUGAGACAAGUUUUCUAGGUAUGGCUUACAAUUGUCAACUUCUGUAACGACCAUCAAUAAAUCCAGGUGUACAAAUUACUCAGUACCUAUCUAAUCAGGGUUUUCAGUCAAUUGAAAAAAAACAGGAGGUUAAAUGAUUGAUUAAAAACCCAGUUCCAGUAAAGUGUUUGCAGUAAAAACACACUGGACAAUUCAUAAGGAAGCACAGUGCAAAAAAGUUUUUUAUUUGAACUACACAUGCUGUACUGUAUAGUGCCUCAUACCAGAGCACAACACCUUCACAUUACUGUAGGUACUGCCUUAUUUCAUUUUCUCUUUGCUACAUUUGAAAUCAAUCUCCAGAACAGAUGUGGCUUCUACCUAACAGUUUGCAGCUUUACAAAUGGUGUUUUCAAACAUAACAAAAAAAUGUAGGGCCUUUGGAACAGAUCAUUUCCCAAUUUUAGAGGUCUGUUUGCUGUGAUUUUGUUGUAAAUGUACAAAUCAGCUGAGGACAAUUCAGUUUAUCCAGAGAUUAUAUUUAGGGCAUUUGCAUUGUACUUGUGCUCUUAAAAUAUAGAUUCCAUGUAUGCAGCCCACUUUGGGGACCAAGAAAAUUGAUCAAUUUAAAUAAGCAGACAUGUAUUGUUUUUUUAAAUUGUAUUUUUAUAUGUGUGUGUGUGUAUGUGUGUAUAUAUAUAUAUAUAUAUACACACACACACACACACACACACACAGUCAACCUCGGUUAACUCGACACCCCACAGGGAUGCCAUUUAGUGUUGACUUACUCGAGGUCUUAAGUUAACCACGGGUGCACAUGAGCCAUGGUAUUAACAUGCAUGUAAGUAACAGAACUCACACGUUCACAGUAUUUACAAGUUUAUUUUUAGUUAAAUGUCCUUAUGGAAACGGUUGAAAGAACUGCAGUGAAUGAAUCAAUUACAGUAUACAGCACUGUACAAACUUGGUACAACUUGUAUAGUUUGAUUGAAAUAAGAAUUAAUAAAAUAACUACUGUGUUAUUUUUACGAAAAGAAUCCAACCACAAACUGCACAAACUGUUGACUAUACUUUUAGUUAUUGGCUUGUACUGUCUAAUUUGUCGGCUUAAAUAGCAAAAGUUAAGAAAUGUACAUUAUACAGAAUUAACUCAGAGAACAAAAACAAUAAUAAACAACUUAGUUUCACAUAGAAAUCAAGCAUUGUCGAUUGUUUUGCAUGUAAAAAUAUGCGGUUUGAAAGUUCUGCUGACAAGCUUGUUAUCCCGAAUAACCUGAGCUUUUAAAGCCAAUUGAACGAGAACACAUUUUUCACUUCUCACUCAUUAUGAACUGACACUGUAACCAGCUGCACUUGGCAGUUGCAAAUGAAUGAAUGAAUGAUCCGUUGUCAGUCACUAGUCUUUUUAAUAGUUUUUAUCCCUUCGGUACUAGUAAUAAGUGUCAAGUUACGAGUAAAGCGUGGUGUCAGAUAAAAAAAUUAAAAGAGACAGGAUGCAUAUAUAUUAUAUGAAGAAAAUUCCGGACCAAGGCUGUUUGUUGAAUUAAGAGAAGGUGUCGAGUUAUCCACCAGUCGAGUUAACAAAGGUUGACUAUAUAUAUAUAUAUAUAUAUAUAUAUAUAUAUAUAUAUAUAUAUAUAUAUAUAUAUAUAUAUAUAUAUACACAUAUAUAUAUAUAGUAAAUAUGGACUGGAGAGGAGGCGUACAGUGGGAAGCUAUGGCCACCGAGGGAAGAACUGUAGUUACCAACAGGGGACUAUAAUGCCCAAACUUUUGUUUGAAUUUUAGGAAGUCAGAAAACACUGAAAGUGAAGUUUUUAUGAUGAUUUUAGUGUUUGCAGCACCUUUGUUUUAUAGUAUAUUUUGUAAUUAAUUUUAUGUUGUCCAUUUUGCUUUGUUGUAUAAAGAGAGGAAGGAUGUUAUGCCUGAUGACGUAAUUCGAGGGAGUUUAUAAAAAACCUAUUGACCGUAAGCCGCGUCAUGGGGGCAAUAGUUUAAUCUAUUUUUGGUCAUGUGAUGAGGUUUUAACCAAUAAUAUGCCAGCAUUUCUAAAGACGGAUUCAUAUUCAUAUAUAUAUAUAUAUAUAUAUAUAUAAGAUGCACCAAAUCCAAGUUUUUGGGAUUCGGCCGAAUACCGAAUCCAUCUCAAAACUGAAGGAAACGGUUGAAUGAAAAGUAGACUGGGAAGGGACGUGCAAUCUAUUGUUUUGAGACUUUUAGUUCAUAGUAUUUUUAUUACCGAAUGGAAAUAUAUCCCUGAAUAAGAUUUCAGUUUGAAACUUACAAUUUACCGCUAGCCCCCUCCCCCCACAACAGAAACAGCAAAAAAAUACAAAACCAUUUACUUUACCUUUACAAGAGAGCUGCAUCUUUGCCAUAACCCACUAUUUUCUUUAAUGAUGUUUCAACCUGUGUAACCUGAUCUGAGAGCUAUGAGGAAAAAAUUACUGUGAUGAGUGACCUGAAUCUCCCUGCGAAAUAAAACCCACAUUGAUUUAAAUGCACCGGGUGUGUAUCACAUAUCAAAUAGGCUACAAAAUAGUUUAAAAAUUAUUUUAAUAAAAUACAACAGUUCCCAAAUGGUUUAACUUGUAUUGGCACACUGCAGUAACGUAAAAUGUAAUUUACUAAAGCAUAUUGUUCAACAACGUCUUGCACAUCUGACAGUUGUAAAGUUACAAAAAAUAUAUUUCUGUGCACUGAUUUUUUUUUUUCUCUCAGUAUGAUCUCUAGAACACGCCUCAGACAAAGCAACAAAGCACAAAAGUCUACAACAGUUUGCCGUUACUAUAUAUUACAGGUUUACUGCAUAACUUUACUCCAUGAAAAGUGUGAUGUGAAUGUGCUGUUGCAUACGGGGGUAUGGUUGCAUUCAGCAGCUGUGUGACGUGUUUAUAUAUAUAUAUUGGGGACCAGGAAAAAUAUAUCUGAUAUCUGUGUAAAGUAGCUACUUUUUCUCUUCAAUGUAAAUUUAAGAUAAUGUGGGUCAGAAAAAAAAAAAAAAACUACUUAUCUUGCUAUGACGGUAAUAAUUAAAACUGGUUUUAAUGGAUCCAUGGCAGUAAUAUCUGUACAACUUAGAACCAAGUACAGUGCUUCCCCUUUCUAAUGUAAUAGUCAAGAGCCAUAGUUACAAGACCGUGCUUUUUACAUUCUGGGGAAGAGGGUCAGGACAAGAGAAAGGCUUAUAGAUAAGAGCCUCGCUGAGGCUAAAGCGCACAAGCUGUGAAAGAACAGGUGUGGCCGGGGGUCCCCUCUGACCUAUGAGGAACCUGGGCAGCGUAGCCAGGCCUGGCCUGGGGAGUGAGACUCACUUCCCCCCCCCCCCCAAAGGAUGGACCCCCGGCUCCCCCCAGCCACACCCAUGGGACAGGAAAAAGAAAAGACUGCAUGCCGCACACAUAAACGCAAGCUGGUAAACAGAAGGACAUGGAGAGGUUAGUAGGGACAUGCUAUGGAUUGGAGGCCGUCCACUCUGUGGAGAGGAAACCCCCCCCCCCCCCAAGAGUGAGCAAACUGGUGGACCUGGCAGAGAGGGUGCCCCACUCCAGGCAUGCUAACCAAGGAUUGUUGGGCGGCUGCAAUGUCCAGUGAAGAAGUUCUAAUGUAGGUCUCUACAGCAGAAGAAGUCCUAUGUCCCAGGGAUUUGAUUAACCCCUGCUCGUGCAGCCAAGGUGGCAGCUCCAAUCCGGAAGGAAUGAGGAGAAUAGGACUGAAAGGAAGUCCAGCUCUUGACAGGAGAGGAGAAGUGGGAAGAGAACCAGUGUCUGGAGAUAAUAGUCCUUGAGUGGUCCGAAAAGAGAGAAUCUGAGGGAAGGGAUCUUGGCAGCGAGAUAUCUGGUUAAAGCUGAGCUGGGGCAGAGAGAGGAGUGAAUCUUUGAUAGCUGGACGAACUGACCUCUAUGGAGUUGAUCCAUCUUGGAGGACCUCAGGAGAAGAAUUAAAUGACAACCGGGAACCUGGGAUAGGUUCGAGUGUCGCAAGCCAAGCGCUAGAAAGCUGGUUGGAGAAGGAACAGAGAACUCCAAACAGCGGCGGAAGCUGAUGAAAGCACAUAGGCACAGUACCGCCAUGGUGAAGUCAUCUGACAGAUUGAAGCAGCCGUUCAUGAGCAUAGAGAUCAGAAGUCGAAGGAUGUCCAAGGAGAUUGUUAGCCUGGAAGGUGCCGCUGUUUCCAUAAGAGUCCUUUCCAUGCCGCGGAGAGUCAGGCGGAUAGCCGGGACGGGCAGGAGCUGCGGUGCAGAGAUGGACAGAAGAUGGAACUGAUGUUGAAUGCCGGAGACGUAGGAUCUGAUAGAUGAAGGGAGGAGGUUCAAGGAGACCUGUAGGUAGGUAAUGAAUGCGAGGAAGUGGUCCAGGUUGAAGACUGAAUAUGAGAUCCGGUUCUGGUUGGAGAAUAGGAGGAAUGUUGAACAGGAGGCAGACCGGGUGGAAGGAGCUAAAGCCUCAGACAUGAACUGUCGUGCUGUGCGGAGGAGACCAGCGAGGGUAGGGUUCAGACGGCGUGAGGGUCUUAAGUGGCAGAGCAGAGAUUGCUGCAUAUGAAGGAGGAAGCCGUCAGGGAGGAGAGGCCGGUGGAGAAGCCAUGCUGGAGGCCGUCCAGGAGAUGGUUGACGAAGUGCCGGUCCAGAUGAAGGCAGAGAGCGUCAGUAAUGGCAGAGAUGUUAAUGGGAGUGAACACUGAAAGGGCUGAUUGUCAUUUCUUUUUGCAUUGCAGGGGACAGAUGAAUUUUGAGUGUGCGUCCCUGCAGAAGAGGGUUUUUUUAAAAACCUUUUAUUCUUUUUUAAAUAAUCCGUUCCUUUCUACCUUGAUUUUUUUUGGAAACAUGAAAUGCAGCAAACAAACUCACGAGUCUGUAGAUCUCUUGUACAAACACAAAAUGAAAGACAAGAGCAGGAAGUAGUACACAGCUUAAAUAGAGAGAGAUCGACAGAUGGAACAGCCAGAGGGGAUCCCUGGCAUCGCACAAACCCCGCCCAGAAACCGACAAGACGUGCACGAUGCCAGCUAUUGGAAGCAACUCGGAUGACAGAGAGCAGGCUGAGUCAUCCCCACCUGGAAGCGGAUAUUAAAAUGUGUCUGCUUCUUUCCCCGGGCCGGAUGUGGCCAGAAAAGGCAGGACGGCGCGGUUUCAGGAUAAACUGGCUGAGAAAUAGAGAGAGGAGAGCAGGUGAGUGCCUUCUAUGUCAUCCCCCGAACUAAGCAAAAAAGGCUACAUUUAUUUUCGAAAAAGAAUAAGGUAUAUUAACCCUUUGCGGUCCAUUGUCGGACUGGGUCCGACAUUGCAAUUAUUCCUCACAGGUCCUUUGUCGGACUGGGUCCGACAUCAUUAUAGCAACGCAAUAAACGGGUGUCUAGUCGUUUUUUCUCUGGAAAAAGCCGAGAAAACCAUUAAAUUGCCGAGUGGGAGCGACAGGAGCCGAGACAAGUCGAAAAAAAAAAAAAAGGCGUAUCUCAUGAAUAGUCAUACAUGGUAUCAGGUAUCAGAUAACGGGGGCGGUCUGAAGUAAACAAGUUGGCUGACUGAAUCAGCGCACAGAAAACACAGACAUUUGCAGAGCUUUUUUGAGAUGUUAUAGUAAUAAAAUAAUGACUUGGAUCGCAUUAUUGAGGAGUUUGGUGAUAAAACGAGUGAUCCGGAGAUGAUCGAUCGGUAUGUACGACUAUUAUUAUUAUUAUUAUUAUUUAUUUAUUACAUAGGUGAACGCUAUAGCAAACGAAAGGGUGGGGCGGGGCUGGAGAUGCCUAGUGAGUGCUUUGUUGAUAUGCAGGGCCAUUUAAACCCGUUUGACUGUGAAAAAAAAAUACUUUUAAACAGCGCGUCUAAAAUUAACUGCGCGUGUGAAAAUUAAUUAGACCUGGCGUGCCUGACGCGCGAUUAAUAAAUGGACCACAAAGGGUUAAUGAUGGACAUUGACGAAAUGUUUUUGGUUUCUUUUAAUCACUCGAUCAGUCAUCCUUGACCGUGACGCGCUUGAGUGACUAUGACUGAAGCAUAUGCACUUAAUCACCUAAUUAGUGAGACAGUUGAUUGGAUACUGGAUAUUGAGUGAUUUCAGCUGUUGAAUUGCAAGCUUGAAUAAAAGCAAUAAAAAAAAUCACAGAAAAAAGAAAACAAUGUGCCACGUGUGUCAAGGGAGCAGCGCAUGGACUAGGGCUGGACUAGGGCAGCGUACUGUGGCUCGCCGUCUUGGGUGCUCACAGGCAGCAAUUUCAAACCUGGCGAGAUGGUUUAACCAGACACACUCUGUCAAUGACAGGCCACGAACUGGGAGACCAAGAGUCACAACACCUGCCCAAGAUCGACAGAUCAUUUUGCAGCAUCUUCUGAUGUCAAUUUAUAAUCAGCACAAUAAAAAGUCACUGCACCUGCACUAAAAGAGAGUUUGUCAUUUUUCAAUCACAUCUAAUGAAUUCUAUCUAAAUAUAAGUGAUACGUUUCUUUUGAUGCUUAGUAUAUUAAAGGAUAAUUCCAGUUCAAAUGUACCAAAUUCUUUGUGGGUGGUUAUACAUAAACCACGUGUGAUUGAGAAAAUGGUGCAAGGGCAGGUGAUGUGUGCAUGCAAAUGAACAGCUGUGUAACUCAUGCCCCCACAAGGUGUGAAAAUAUCUGAAGAUGAGCUUUCACGUAAUAAUUUAUUGAAGUUCUUGACUUAAGAGGUUGAGUAACCCCCAGUGAUGCACAAGCUGGAAUGACCUGAAUGUCUUUACCUGUAGGUUGAGAUCAUUGGUUAAUAAUGUAAGGAUUCAUCGCUAAUUUAGAAAUUCCACUCUGGGGGUUAAAGAUCCAGCUAUAAUGAGUUAACCAUAUCAAUAUUAAACUUUUAGUAAUGUCUGAAAUUAAAAACGUAUUAAGCAUUUUACUCUAUAAUUUACUCAUUUUAUUUUUGAAAGGCACAAAAUGCAUAUUAAUGUUAUAAACAAACUGAGUAUACUAAGUAAAAACAGAUUUUAAAUACUUUGAGAAUAGACCCCCUUUCUGCACCAGUCUUAGAGUGAUUGUCUCUAUGUACAGUUUCAACACACUGUAGACAAAGAGAAGGAGAUGUGAUACCUUUUAUUGAACUAAACAAUAAUGAAUCACUAGGUCUCUUCUUCAGGUGAAAGUAGGAUAGAGAGAUUGAUGUUUACAUACUUUCACCUGAAGAAGAGACCUUUGAGGUCUUGAAAGCUUGUAAUGAAUUAUUGUUUAGUUAGUCCAAUAAAAGGAAUCGCAUCUCCUUCUUGUUGUUUAUCAUCUCUCGACUGAUAUGGCUACUACUUCGUCUAUCAACGAUAAUAUUGUAGCAGACUGAAAAAAAGACUCUUUAGCCACACAAAUAUAUUGGUGUGGUAUGUUUUAGGGGUGUUUUUUUAUAGCAGAUUUGGUUUGGUUUUGAUCAGAUGUGAGUGAGGGAAUUGUCUAACAGCACCAUCUGCUGGACAGCACAGCACACUAUCACAAUACAUUACGAUGUGCAGUGGUAUCCAGGUCAUUCUACAGUAAAAGUAUAUCGGUUUUGUUUAUUUGUCUAAAAAGGGUGUGUGGCAGUUAUUUUUAUAGAUGUGACAUUAUAUAUAUAUAUAUAUAUAUAUAUAUAUAUAUAUAUAUAUAUAUAUAUAUAUAUAUAUAUAUAUAUAUAAUGUAGAUGGGCUUCAGUGAGUUACAGGAAAAUAAUCUAGUGUUUAUGGGACAUCAUAAACUACGAGACCGUUAUAUUUUUUAUAACACAUGGAUAUUAGUAUCUGUAAUAAAAAAAGACAAUAAACGGGUGUUUAGGUUCAAAUUGCAAGUGAAUAUAAUGAAUAAUAAUAACGUACAUUAAGUCAAUAUUAAAUCAGCACAUCAGCGCUCUGAAGUACGAUAUUAACGCAUCUAGUGUGCAAUGGAUAGAUGGACGACUUUUUCGGAUGACGGAUGCUAAAUGACGGAACAGAUCCAGUAAGCAAAGGCCUUGAGCCUCAUGAAAUGACUUUUAAUGUGUUCCCCAAAACUAAAGAUUGGUUUAGUUUGAAGCAAGUCAUACCCCUGCUUUACUUGGCAAUAUAUGUCAAUGUUCAGCUUUCUGUGCAUGUUUAUAGUAGUGACGUUGCGUGAAAGCUUUAGGAAUGUAGAGUUUGGGAUAUUCUUUGCCCAGGUUAAGAGUCUUGUUUCUUCUGUGUUUGUGCCUAUACACAGCUGUGUUCUCUAAUUGUAAUUGUAAGUAAACUGUAAUUAAACCCAAGCAGUAAUCCUAACGGAAUAGUGGAGCUACAGUGCCCACACCUUACUUCAGCUCAAGUACAUUGCUUACAUUUAAACAGCACAGUAUGUCCAAGCUUUUUUUGCUUAUCAGUAAAAGCAAAUUGGGUAUGGUUGUUUAUAAGGUAAAUUUCAAUUUACCAAUGAUAAACGUUCAAGUGGUCAACUUUUAAUUUCUGCUUUUACCUUGUGAAUGAUAUUGUGUGCCAGGACAGUUUGUUAAAUAAUGCUAUAUUUUUUGGUUUAAAAAAAAAAAAAAAAAAAAAAAAAGUACAAAAUCUUUCGCUGGUGUGCCUCAUUUCCCAUUGCCCUCUGAGUGCAAAUUACCUCCUACCCAAAGGUUUCUACACCCCAAAGACUGCAGACAUUAGAAAAGGGGGUACACUUGAAAGAGAAGCUCCCUAAAUCAUUUUGCCAUCAUAAAAGUGCCAGUGGCUCGACAAGCUUGAGCCUCAGAACACACUGUAUCCAUAACCCUUCCCUACACUACUUGUUUUCUGUAUUGUACAAUUGUGAUGGUAAAUGUUGUGUAAUUGUCCAGCGUUUGUGUUUCAAUGGGGGAAUCUGGUAGCUGGAGCCUCUCUCUGCUUUGUGUGCAUUAUUGUGACGUUAGUGGUCUGUUAUUCCACUUAGUGCCUCACAUGUGCAUAUAAUAGUUAUAUAUUUAUAUUUGUAUAUUUGUGUACAUUGUAAUUGUUUAUUUUGAAACAGAGUUGUGCUUGUCUAACUAAUGUGUAGUUUUCAGAUUUUGACCAGUGUAAGCGUAUGUUCCUCAAGUUCAGAGCUAAUAUAUUUCUGUAUGUUUUGUUGUUUCUGUAAAACCAACACUUUUCCAACAGACCACAGCUUUGUUUCACAGAUACUGACCAAUUCAAGUUCAUCCUCCGAACAAUUUUUUAUAUUUUGGCAAAAAUGUUAUGUGGAUUAAUGUUUUGUUUUCUCUCUCUUAACUGUAAAAUGUGCACUGAAUGUGUAAAAAUAAAUUCUGGGUUUAUUUUGUUUAGUGUAACAAAUUAGUGUAAAUUGUAUGUGUAACAAGAAUCUGAAAGAAAAAUGUUUAAGAAAAUAUAAACUGGGAAUUUUACUGUC